UAAAGUAAAAACCGUUUUUUUUGUUAAGUGAGAAACUCUUUUCUUCUGGUUUUAAUUGUUUCUAAUUAGAAAAAAACCUGAUAAACGAGUUUAUUGGUUUGUUUCUAUUCUCUUUCCCUUUCCCCUUCCUUGUUUCUCUCUCUCUCUCUUCAACCGCCAUCACCUUUUUCUGGUUUUCUCUUUUUCCCUCUUUCUAUUUGUCUGUCUUUUUAUCUUUCGAUAUUUUUCUGCUUCUACAUUUUCAUCAUCAUCACUUCCUCUCUCUUUCUAUUUUCAUUUUAUCUUCCAUCUUCCUCUUUCUUUCCCAUUAAUGUUAAAGGUGGAGUUGGUUGAUCUCUUUCUCUGUCUCAGUCCAUCUCUCUCUCUCUCUCUCUCUCUGUCUCUCUCUCUUUCUAUUUUCUCUUUCUAUUUCCCUGUUUCUUUUGACAUAUUCAAUUGAAUGAGCUUUAUUUUCAAGUAGGACUCGCUCGUGAUCACUUCACUUUAUGUUUUUUCAAACCAUUCAUAUAAAUUUGUCUUCCCUUAUACUUUUAUUUUCAGUUUAUUUUGUUUCUAUUUUUUUUUGCUUACAAUCUAAAAAUUAAUAAUUUUCUUCAAUAAUUGAUUAAUUUACAAUGAUUAAUUGUCUACGAUUUGGUUCUCUAACAUUUAAACUUUCACAUUUUUUGCAUUGACACUCACACACACACACACACACACAUACAAAUACACAUACACAUUAAUACACACACACACAUAUAUACAUACAUAUACACACAUACAUACACAAUUACUCUUACAAAUACAUACAUUUACUCUCACUGGAUUUCCAAAGUAUCAAGUAUACAUUUCACAAAACGUUCUAUUUUUAACACUCAAUGAAAAAGUAAUUAUCAUUUGUUUUUUGCCUUUUUAAUAAUCAAAAACAAUUGAAUUUACUUUUGAUUAUUUUCAAACCAAAAGCAAAGAGAUUCAACAUCAACACAAAAAAGAAGGAAUUUGAUCUUUCGAUCGAUCUGCCAUCUAUUAUGGAGGAAGGUGGUGAUCCCAUUGAUAAAAAGGAAACAGAAAUGGAAAACGAAGAUGCUGAAGAAGGUGAAAUCAUUGAUGAUGAUGAAGAGGAUGAGUCACAACUCCAACAACAGCAACAACUUCAAUCGACAACAACAACACCAACCACAAUAGGAGCAACAACGUUUACCAAUUCAUCAUCUUUAACAUCAACUUCAACUGCAUUUUCAUUUGGUAAUCAAGGUGAUAAAAGUGGGUCCGGGUUGUUAAUUAGUGGUCUAUCCACAAGUUCAGCAUCUGGUAAUAAUUCAACUUCAAGGUCUUCUGAAAGGAACAAGAAAGAUGAAAAUAGGUCAUCUUCAAAGAAAAGUGACUCUAAAAAGAGUAACAAUAGCACCAACAGUGGCAGUAGCACUGGCACAAGUAACACCAACACCAACAACAACAACAACAACAACAACAACAACAACAGCACCUCAGGUGCAGGCACAUCAUCAUCUUCAAGGAAUAACAGUUCUGACAAAAGGAAAAGAAGAAAAUAUGGCAAAGAUGAGGAUGGAAAAGAUCAAGGAGAUAAAGAAAGUGGCUCAUCUAAAGAUCAUUCAGAUGAUAAUGGGUUAAGGCCUUCGAAACAGCGUCGAGCCGCUUCCAGGGAACCAGGGGAAGCGAAUGACACUGGAUCAUCGGAUGAAAGUGAUAGAACAGAUUCUGAUGAUGAUUCUCUUGAUUUUAAUGAAGAAUUUUUCAAGGGAAUGGUUAAACAAAUGGAGGAGAUGUUAAAAUCUGGUAAAGACAAAGGCCAGAGAAAGAAGAGGGAAAAAAUUGAGAAAAUGAUGGAGAAACUUAAGCGACUUCAAAGUGGAUCGGAUCCUAGAGAGAUGAGGGAAAUUGUCCGUCAAAAUCGUCGAUUAUUUCGCCCAUCAUCAAGAGAUCGUUCUCGUGAUAGAUUCGAUCGUUUUGGUCAAAGAGGGUUUAGAGAUCGAAGGGGUAGAGGUGGAAGGAUGAGAGAACGAACAAUGGACCGAAUGAUUUGGCGAGAAAGAGAUCGUGAUAGGCGAGAUUUCCGUGAUCGAGAUAGAGACCGAGAUCGCGAUAGAUUCAGAGACAGAGAUAAAAUGAUGGGCAUCGAUCAAUCUCAUCAUCAUCAUCACCACCAUCACCAUCAAUCUCACUCUUCAAAUCAAUCGCAAUCCCAACAAUUGUCUCAGUCACAGCAACAAUCAACCCAAUCACCAACAACAACAACAACCAACACAACCACAACAGUCACAUCAACAACAGACUCAACAUUAACCACCACAACUGCAUCAAUAUUAACAACAACAUCACCCUCAUCAACAACACCAAUAAGUACAUCGUCAUCAUCACCGUCAACAACCACAACCACAACAUCAUCUUCAUCUCAAAAUCCUUCUGUGAUUCCUCAAAAUCAAUCAUCUAAAGAAAAUGACAGAGAACGUGAGAAAUCACCCAAAAAUACUUGUAGAUUUUAUCUUGAUGGUAAAUGUCACAAAGGCGCUGAAUGUCCCUUUCCCCACGAUUCCCAACCAGCCAAGAAAAAAGAUAUUUGUAAAUUUUAUCUCCAAGGAUUUUGUGGUAAAGGCGAUGGUUGUCUUUUCAUGCAUGGUGAAUUCCCUUGUAAAUUUUACCACACUGGUGCUGAAUGUUAUUCAGGUGAUAAAUGUCGAUUUAGCCAUGAACCUCUUACAGAGGAAACUCGAGCUCUACUUAAAAGUUAUCUUGAUUCCGGUGAAUUACCCGAUGAGGUUAAUAGAGGUGAUUCCAAUCAUUCCAGGGCAAAGAAACCUGCAAUUCUUGGUGAUCCAACCGAAGAGAUGAAAACUUCCUAUUUAACAUGGUUAUGGCAACAAGAGAUGAAAGAAUUGGAAUUAGCUUAUACUGGUACGAAAAGAAAUUUGUUUCUAAUCGAGAAAGAAUUUGCAAUAAUUGAACAACCACCACAACCCGAAGGUGAUCCUCAUCCUUAUUAUCGUAAUGAUAAAAUGGACAUGAUGAUGAGACAAGGACCAGAGGGUGGAGGCGGUGGUGGUGGUGGACCCAAAGUCAUGUCUUAUUAUAUUGAUACCAUGUCAGAUCAAUCUAAAUGUGAUCCCAUUUCUGGUCCAGUCAAUGAAGAUGAUAAAUUAAUCGAGAUGAGCUUUCAUGAUGAAGAUUUAAGGUUACCACCUUCAUCAGGUAUAAUACCACCGAGAUUACCUCCACCCAUGGGUGCCCCAGGUCCAGCACCAGUUGAUUCAUCAUCUUUUCCAGGUCUACCACCGGAUCAUUUAUCAUCGCUUCCACCUCAUCAUCUACCAAAUUUAAAUUCAUCUCCGCCAUCAAUACCUUUUGACUCUCAAGCCUUAAUAUCCUCAACACCAUCAGUUCACUCAAAUAAUUCACCGUCCAGUUUAACGACGAUGAUUCCCUCAGGUCCACCUCCCCUCUUACCAAUGCAGCCAAAAUUGAUAAAUGCUAAUAACGAGCAUCCAUCUUCCUUUUCAACGCCUUCCUUUGUAAAUAACAAUCAGUACUCUAUUCCUGUGAUGCCGGAAGAAAUGCCACUACCUCCACUUAAAGAAAAUCUUCCUCCCGGUCCUUACCAAGAAUCUACCAAUCUUGGCCCACCUCCUCCUCUUUACGCUGUUAACAGUUUCAAUGGUCCACAGCCUGUAGUGCCCAUUGAAUCAAUUAUCAGCUCAUCAUCAUUAACCUCUAAUCAACCGUCAGUCAAUUUAUCCUCAAUCCAAUCAGCUGGGCAUGAUAAUAUUAAUACAAACCAACUUGGUCAAACUAAUUUCAAUCCAAUUUCCCAUAAUCAACAAUUUAGCAGUUCAUUUGCUUCCCCUCAGGAUACAAUGGAAUCCACCUCAUCCAUAAAGGUUGAACAUUCAUCACCAUCAGCAUCAUCUAGUAUACCUGAUAAUUUGCCUCUUGCUGCACGACAUUUAUUACAACGUAUUUCAAAUAAUCAGAAAAUUGGUACUCCUGAAGACUCCGAAUCUAAUGACCUUCUUUUCAAUGAAUCAAACAUAAAGAAAGAGAAAAAUGAUUCCGAUCUUGGUCAAUCAUCUGACCAAAUGAUCAAACCUUUGGAUGUUACAAGUGGAGGAGAGAUGAAGCAACUUUUAUCCGAUUCAGAUGAUGACACGGAAGAUGAGCCCGUUAAAGCGGCUUUGAAAAACCUUAAAGACGCUCCUAAUACAACACCACCCCCAAUGAAACACGAGUCGAAAAAGGACAAAAACGUGAAAAGUAAACUUGACAUCGUUAAAAUGUUAAAUGUUAUCCGACAAACGACACUCCAAGUGACCCAACCAGCAGCCAAUACAAGCGAUGAAAAUAAACACGCUGAUUUCUGGCAAAACAUUUUAAGUGGAACAAAUUUAGCUAAUAAUUCAUCAGCCGCCACCUUGACCGUAGGCUCGACAGGAUCAAAUUCUGGUAUUGACUUUAGAGAUUCUCUAUCAGGAACUCCACCUUUACCUGGAACUGAGCGUCGUGAUCCUCGAUUAAAACGUUCCAGUAACGAUGAUGAUGGUAACUCUCCCUUCCAAGAUUUCACCUCGAGUAAUAAACCAUCAGAACCAGCGUUUAAAAGCGACUUUGAUUAUCGUCUUCAUCCAAUCACCGCACCAAAGAUCGACUAUUCAAUGUACGAAGGAUUGUUUAACACUGAUGUCCGAAUGAAGACUGAUCCUCGUCUUCUUAAUUUCUUUAAGAAAAAUACGUUAAAAGAUUAUAAUCCAUUAGGUUGAUUAGUUAAUUUCUUCUCUCCUAAUUAUCCAACUAAUCAAAUUUAACAUGCGAAUCAAUGAAAACCAAUAUGGUUGAUGGUUAAAACUCAACAUUCUUCUUUCUUCCCUUUCACUCAUACAAAUCUUUCUUUCUCUCUCUCUCUCUCCUCUAAUUCUUCCUUAAUUAUCAAAACUAAUUGUUUGAAAAGAAAACUCAUCAUCUUCAUCAAUUGUAUUAACAGAACGUCAAUCAUCCGACAUUAGAAAUUUAAACUUAACUUUAGAUUCUCGGAUGAAUCUUUAGAGAAUCAUAUUUAUAUAAAUUAUAAUUAUAAUUAAAUCUAUACAAUUAAUA